AAAGAAAGAAAAAAAAAACCAGAGAACAAUUUUUAAUUCUGCUUUUAACUAACAAAAUCUCAAAUCUAAAAGUUUUCAAAUUUCCCAUUCUGAAAAUCAAAUCCCUAAAAUCUUCAUUGUGGUAAAAUCAUCAAUCUACAAUGGCAGAAAAUCCUCCCGAAACGGUGUCGUUUAGUUCCCAACCUUCUUCUCAUGCUCCAUCUUCUUCCUCUUCGCAGAAAUCGCCACAAGAUCCACCCCAGCCUCAGGCCCCUGAACUUUCCAAUUUCCCGCAAUUUCCGGGAGGAUAUUAUCAAAUGUUUCCUGGUAUGCACCCUGCAUUGAUUCCAGGGUUGACUCAGCCACAAAUUGAGGAACAUGGGAACCGUGGAGCUGGCAUAUAUGCUGUUCCUGUUAAUCCUUUUGAUAGACAUGUUACUGGACUUCCAUAUACCACUCUGAUUCCGUUGACAUACCGUACACCCACGCCCAGUUCUGAAGCUGCUGCUGCCGGUGAAAAUCAGGGGCAAGCAGCCCAGCAUCCUCAGCAGCAACAGGCUGCACCUCAGAGACAAGUUGUUGUUAGGAGAUUUCAAAUUGCAUUUCAAAUUGAUUUGCUACUAAUGUUGAAGCUGGCAGCUGUGAUCUUUUUGUUCAACCAAGAUGGAUCAAGGCAGAGGCUUUUUGUUCUUGUUUUAUUUGCUGUUCUUGUAUAUUUAUACCAAACUGGAGCUCUGACACCAAUUAUAAGAUGGCUUUCACAAAAUAUGCAGAGAGCUGCAGCACCUCCUCGUCCACCAAGACCUGCAGCCAGGGCUGAAAAUGUACCUCCUGCUGCAAGGUUGGAGGGUGACAAUGCUGCUCCAGCAGAGGCUCAACCUGAAGCUGCCAUUGGGAACCAGCCUGCCAACGAAGCUGACCGUGCAAUUGAGAAUGAGAACGUCGCAGAAGCUGACAGAGGCAAUGGUGGUGGCAACCAGUGGUGGGGGAUUGUAAAGGAGAUCAAGAUGAUUGUUUUUGGAUUCAUCACUUCCCUGCUCCCUGGAUUCCACAAUCAUAUGGAUUGACUCAUGGACUAUGGUGCCAUGCCAGGAAAUAGGAGGGUUUUCUGAAAUAAAGUGUAUAGUAACAGAAGUUUUAAGUGUCAUAACUAAUACAUAGGUGCAACUAUAAUCAACGAACAAAAGUACGGUGAUAGUUUAUCGGGUGCCAUUUUUGUAUCAUUACUUGGAUUGUUGAUAGAACAGUUUUUGUGGCUUCCAUGGCACAGGAAGUGCUUUGUACUUCAGAUCUGCAGUAGUUAAUUCACCCCCUGGUGUCUGUUUCAAACUUUACAAUCAUUCAAGCCAACGCAUUUUCAAUUUA